CGGGUGUACGUGUCCUAAAUAUAUCUACCACCUUCUAAGCGAGGAUAGUGGGGCACCUCCAACUAAUAGGAGAGCACUAUACCGUGGCUCACGUGAUAGAAUAUAACACCUUCUAUAUUCUAUGCUCACGUUUUAGGUGAAACGGUGCCUGUGGAUCCCUCGGAAAACUGCCAAUCAGAGAGACAGUAGCAAACGUAGAAGGAAAGACCCCCUGGGCCACCUAAAAUUAGCGUGCCUGCCAAUGCCCCUGCCAAUGCCCAGGGCUCUGUCGCUUGUGCUUGUGAUCCUUGUCAUCAGUCAUCAGUCGUCAGUCAUCAUCAUCCAUGGCAAUCUCGUCAAACUUCAUCUCCAAAAGAAAUCACCUUCCCUUUCCUCACACAAACAGGCACUUUUGCCUCCUGUGUUUCUUUCUGACACAUCUUCCCAGCCAACCGAACAAUCACCUGUAGACGUUUCUCCAAGCCGAUUGCGGUCCUCCUUGGCCUUCAUUGGCCCUCGCAGAUCCGCUCUCGUACAGACGGCCCCGGCCAUAAGGAUGACGUGAUGCCUUCCGCACCAGACGACCAC